CCUCCCUCCGUCCGACAGGAAGCCUCCGUCGCCUCACGCUUUCACACCGUCCGACCCGCGACCCGCCGCCGGAGUUGACUGGAGCAACGGGGGGGGGGACGCGGCUCUUUGGUCCCGGUCCCAGUUUGAUGCCAGAACCAUGGAAGCAGUCUCGGCGUGCUCACGUGGGAAUCGCUCCUUCACGGCAGCCCAGAGUUGCGCCUAAACGCUCCGUGGGGCGUCAUGGCAAACGUGAAAGUCGCCGUACGGGUCCGUCCGCUCAGCGCCAGGGAGAAUGCGGAUGGGGGAAGGCUGGCGGUCCAGGUGGAGGACAAGUUCGUCAGGAUCCGAAACGUAAAGCUGGACGGACGUGCAGAUGGAGCAGUAGAUUCCCGGGAGAAGCUUCUGGAGUUCUGUUUUGACUACUGCUACUGGUCAGUGGACUGUGCAGACCCUCACCAUGCAUCACAGGAGGAGGUGUUCCAGGACCUGGGUGUGUCGGUGCUGUCCGGAGCGUCUGAGGGCUACAAUGUCUGUUUGUUUGCUUACGGUCAAACGGGAUCGGGAAAGACCUACACCAUGAUGGGGACGCCGAGCUCUAUUGGUUUGACUCCUCGCAUCUGUCAGGGCCUUUUUAGGUCCGAAGACACUUCCCCAAAUGGUCAGAAUUCAAGCAGAGUUGAGAUCAGCUUCUUGGAGAUCUAUAAUGAGCGUGUGAGAGACCUGCUGAGGGGAGGAGACCAGAAAAAGAGAGCCUCUCUAAGAGUCAGAGAGCAUCCUGAGAAGGGACCCUAUGUACAAGAGCUGUCACAACAUGUGGUCUCCGACUGCAAGCAGGCCAUGGACCUUUUAGAGGAGGGCAUUGGCAAUCGUAUCACCGCAGCGACCCACAACCACGAUGCCAGUAGCAGAUCCCACGCCAUCUUUACCAUCCAGUACACGCAGGCUGUCCUAGAAAAUAACCUUCCUUCAGAGACUGUCAGCAAGAUUAACCUGGUCGACUUGGCUGGAAGUGAGAGAGCAGACCCACACUACUGCAGAGACAGACUGACCGAGGGUUCCAACAUCAACAAGUCGCUGGUCACAUUGGGCAUCGUCAUCUCUGCUCUUGCCCAGAACUCCCAGAUGUCCAGCAGCUGCCAGAGCAUCAACAGCAUGGCCUCAGAGGGCGACGGCAGCACGGUGGGUAGCCACAGCAGCUCCCUGUCUGGAGGAGGCGGAGGCAGGAGGCACUGCUUCAUCCCCUACAGAGACUCAGUUCUGACGUGGUUGUUGAAGGACAGCCUCGGGGGCAACUCUAAGACUAUUAUGAUUGCAACGGUCUCACCCUCCGCCAACAGUUACAACGAGACCCUCAGCACUCUGCGCUACGCUGCCCAUGCCAGGAAUAUUGUCAAUAAGCCUCGGGUUAAUGAGGAUGCCAAUGUUCGGCUGAUCAGGGAGCUGAGGGAGGAGAUUGACAGACUGAAGAGUAUGCUUCACAGCUUUGAAAUGCAGCGCAAUCCCAGUCCAUCCCUGAGUGAUGAGAAGGAUGGAAAUCUCUCGGAUAUCGUGCUACAGAACGAACUUAAGGUGGAACAGCUGACGAAAGACUGGUCUGAAAGCUGGAGAGACAAGAGGGAGCUGCUGGAGCAGUACAGCGUAGACAUCAAUGGAGACCAGGCUGCCUUCCUCAUCAGUUCCCUGCAACCACACUUGGUCGCCCUCGACAGGGAUGUCCUCAGCACCGGGGUGGUCUUCUAUCACCUCAGGGAAGGAGUUACCCACAUUGGACCUCGGGACCAAUUUGAAGAGCCACAAAUAGUCCUACCCAGCAGUGCCAGCUGUGAGAUUGAAAACCAUGGAGGUGUGGUAACACUAAGACCAGUGUCAGGCUGCGUCUGCUUGCUCAGUGACAGAGAGGUCACUGAGCCCUGCAGGCUGGUCCAAGGGACAGUCAUAACUCUGGGAGGAGUUCACAAGUUUCGUUUCAAUCAUCCGGCAGAGGCAGCUGCUCUCCGGGAGCGUAGACGGGCCAGUGAAGGUGGCACGACUUGUCCCUAUAAUGACCUUUGCCCUUUGACUACUCACCACAGUGUCAAAGAGCCGAAGCUCCAAGAGCAGCUGGGUGCCUGUCUCUCUCCUGGUGAGGAACUCACUGCAAGGCAGCGUGUAGAGGAGCAGCAGCUCUACGUGGAAGGCUUGAGACAGCAGAUCAAAGCUGCACAAAAAGAGGCUGAGAGAGAACUGGAGAGGGAGCAGGCGCGCCUCCGUCAACAGCACGCUGAGAUCCAGCAGUGGAUCUUGCAGGAGAAACAGCAGCUGACAGCUGUAGAGCGGGUCACCCGGGAGUCAGGAGUUCAAACAGACAUUUUACCUCUGUCCUCUCUGGAACGUGCAACAACAUCUGAGUCUCAGGAUAGUCUGACACCGGUGUGUUCCUCACGGCUGUUAAGAGCCAGGAAGAAGGCGGUGCAAGAAGAGCUUUUAAAGUAUCACGCCCUUUGCCGUGCGGAAAGCCGCUACCAUCGAAAAAGGCUGCACUACCAGCUGGAAAGGAUUGGCCAUAAGCAGCAUCUGUUGGAAGCUAAGAGGGAGCUGCAGCGUCUGGAGAAGGAGCUCCCCACAGGACCAGACAGCCCCGGCUCCCCGGAGCUCGGGUCCUCAAAGCACGGGGGACAAGCGUGUGUUUCCCGCAGACACUCGUUCUCAGCAGAGCUUCUGUCUCGGCUCUAUCCGCAGCACACCCCUAUCUUCAGACAUUUCCUGAAGAGAAACAGAUCCACAGAACUGACCUUAAAUCCCUCCAAAAUGCCUGAUUCUUUGGGAGGCAGGAAAUGGGUUUCAGAUGAGUGUCUUCCUUGCGAAAGGACUCAGAGUUUUUGUGGUGCUUUUUCAGAGCAAAGGCAGUUGUGCCAGAGUAGAGUACACCCCUCUGAAAACAUCAAAAACGCUCCCAGAGAGGAGCCACAAGCUCAGCCCUGUGGGGAACGGCCUGGAAGAAAACCUCUGCUGCCAAACCGAGCUCUGUCUUUUAAAAGACAGUUCACAGACAGAUCAGAUCAGAAGUCAACAUUAAAGUCACUGCUUGGACCUACUGUGCCACCAGUCAACAAAGAGAACAUACAGGAAUCCACAAUAGACAAGCGCUGUUCUCACACUGCCUCUAGUGUCAAUGUGACAAAUCCAUCACUUGCAGAUCACAGCACAUUACUAACAUCCAGGAAGACUUUGGCUCAUUCUGCAGGGCCCAGGUUAAAGGCUGCUCUGACCAAAGUGUUCAGAAAACCCCCCUCAGGUGCAAAUGGAAGGCAAGACGCAAAACCCCUGUGGAGGAUAGCAAGCAAAUUUCACUGGAGACACAAACAAGACAAGUGCUUAAAAGACAAAAAUACGAGCCAGAGCAAAUGUGCCAUCAAAACAGCUUUUUCGUGUGAGGCGCUGGACCGAAGGCCUUCCUUUGAUGACAUUGGAGAGAGGCAGUGGCAUAGUACCGAGGCGCUGAUGAACAAGACAGGCAGAUUGCAGGUUGAGAGACGGCAGGGAUUGGUCGGGUGGGAUGAAGAGGAUGAAGAGCGGGAUGAAAGGAUGUCAGACUGUGACAGUCUGUUUUCUCUGGAUUCCCUCUCCUCCGCUUAUGCAACAUCUUUAGUAGAACAGCUGAAACAUGAGGAAGCAGCUCAGAGUGAAACAGAAAGUGAGGACAGUCAGAUGUCCAAAGACUCCCUGGCUUUGAAAAGCAGUGGGAAACACUCUACAGUGGAACGAUUCAGCCGAACAGUGGUACCAACGUAUUCGCUGGUGACAGAUUGUUCUCAUUCACCCAUAAGAGAGAACAAGGCAACAGAGGGGUGUUUGGAAAGGGGCUUGUGCCAUAAAACUCAGGUAAUGCUGUCGGACACACAUAGGAGUAAACAGCGAUACCAAAAAACCAGACACGAAGAUGAAACCUGUGGAACAAAGACUCAUUUAUUGCAAAUCAAAGAAACGGUGCACGCGCUGUUUGAGGAGCCUGCUGCCAGUAGCCCACGCUCCCUGAGUAGCUGUGUGAAGGAUCCAGAGAGCCCGCUGGCGCUAACAGGUGCCUGGUCAUCCACCGAUGCAGCAGACAGUCCUGGGACUCCCAGGGAUCCCCUACUUUUCCUAAGGAAAACAAUGUUCAGAAGUGUGGAAAACUGCCCUGUGAGUUCAGACAUGUCUGACCAUGACAGCCCAAUCAAAGGCAGGAGCUCAACUUCCUUCAGCUCUGAAGGUGUAAACGUCACAGUGCAGCAACCGAACCGUGAUGUUUUAAAGGAGCACCUGAUUCAUCCGACACUAGAAGAAGCCCAAGACGUAGAGCAAUUGAGGCAACACUGGGAAAACAUGGAAAAGACGGUUACAAAGAGUUAUGCAGCUGCCACCUUAGAUGGUUCUACCUCCAUGCCGCCCACUGGGACUCGUCACACAAUACAUUCGCUUCAGGCAUCUGCAAAUGAACAUGAUUUAGUAGCUGGUGAUGUCACCAUGUCUUCUGACGCUGAAAUGGGCAUAUCAGACAAGCACUCGGAUCUCACAAGCCAAGAGAGUGCUCUCCAACUAUUCCCUGAAGAGGCGGAUCAGUGCAAUCGAAGUACUCCAGGAGAGAAGUCGAAAGAUGAACAGCGGCAUCAAACUGUGAGUACCACAGAUCAAAACAAAGCCCCUGAGCAACACGCUGUGCUACAGCAGGACAAUGUUAAGUCUGCAUGUAAAAAUUCCAGGAAGAGGAACAAAGACCAGGAUCCUUUUACGGGCAGCCUGAAAAUUCCAAAAAGGAGCAGCAGCGGCGAAUUGGUAACGUCAUGUGUAGCAAAACCUGGCAGUGGGGAAGAUAUUUGUCUGGAUGGAAAUAAUAACAGCAGUGAGGAGCAGUCAGACAUAACUGACGACCAUGGCACAGAAGCUGAAGCUGAAGCAGUGCCACAUUCUGAUUCACAGAGCAGGGAACAUGGGCGGUUUGAUUGUGGUGAGAAGUGGCCUCUGAGUGGUUCCUCUGUGGGAGAUCGAGAGGUAUGUGAUGAAAAAAGUGCAACAAGGAACAAGGAGCAAGUCGUUGGACCAACAAAAGGGGCAGAAUCCCACAUUGAUGACUUCAGAAAAACUGAAGGACAUCCAAAACACGCAUGCAAGACGGAUGCUAUUUGUAGCGCCAUUGAUCUACGGAUCUCGGAAGUUGUGAAAAAACACAUGACUUUCUCACUGAAUGGCAACGAUGGUGACAGGAGGAGGAUCUGCCAAAGCCUGAAUGACUUGGCAUCUUGUAUGUUUUCCUGUACCAGCAUUGAAAAGCUGCACAUAGACAGGAAGAAAGAUGAGAUAAAACAAGACACAGACCUCAGUGGACCUGCCAAGACGAGCAGCCAUGAGGAGUCUGGCAGGCCCAGCUCAGCCACUGGCUUCUCUUCAGUGGGAAAAUGCAGCGACGAGCAUACUGUGGAAAAAGAUGCCGUGUGCCAGAAACAUAAUGCGAGAAAGCAAAAUGCAACUUCUCAACCUUAUUUUUCCAUCAGUGAUGCAAGCUCAGGGGAAGUGGACGACCACGCCUGUUCUGCUCCUGCGCUUCAUAUAUUGACUGGAAGCCCAUCCGCCGUGGCUGAUGCUGCGAGUAGCCAUGUACAGGUUGAUGUUAUGGAAGCUGCACCUGAUGCUGGACACGGAGAUCGUUAUUCACGCAAAGAAAAGUCACCGAGGACGAUUGAUGUUUUUGAAAAUACUUCUGAUGCCAUGAAACUUUUAUCUGAUGGGAGAUUUGAACAUCUUGGACCUGUCAGUCUUCACAAUGAUGAGAGAUCCACUGAUGAUGAUGCUGUUGGUUAUAGUCAUAACGAAAGAACAGAAGGCCGGCUGGAAGAAAACAGGAGUCCACAAACUCAGCCUGAUGCCUUGGCUCAGGCAUAUGUGAUAAAUGUGAAUCACAGCAAUAAAUGCCACGAUAGAUCAAAUAUGCAACCUACGUUUGAUAGAAAUAAUCAAAGUGACAGCAAUUUGAAAUAUGAAAUAAAAAAUGGCAUUGGGACGCAAACCCGUCAAUCUGAAGCACAGGCUGCAAAAGUCUUAUCAGGGUCAAAAUGUGACGCACCUGUUUCACAGCAGAGUGAACACUCAGAGGCAGAGUUGAACGCAAGUCAUUUUGCUCUUAUGCCCAAAAAGGGACGAACUAAGAGGUCUGUGAAGACCAAGACGCUGACUGGCUCCUCUUCCUCUGAGUCGUCUGUUAAGUCAUCAGAUGAGGAUGAGGAUGGUGACGACGCCUCCCGAGUCCAUCGCGGCUUGCUCUUUUCAAAACGGGUGACGCUUGGCAGCCAGAGUAGUGACAAGCAGGAUGUCAAGCAGUCUGGGAGUAAUGAUGCUCGCACGUCUUCUUCAUUCUCAGCAGGCAAAACUGAAAAGAGGACACGUGGGGAAAAAUCUAGCAGCGAACGCCUCCAAAAAAGACACUCUCUCCCUCCUCAACCAUCAGCGCGGACGGCGGACGGAGGAAAUCCCCCCCCGUGUGCAGCGCGUGCACUGAAGUGCCAGGACUCCCCUCUGCAUUUUGCAUCCAGCGACAUCAACCCCUUCGUGCACCAGUGGCAGGGUGACUCGAACCAGCCAAGCUACAGGAGCUCGGCGUUCGGCAGCGCCGCCGACAUCUCCUGCAAGUCUCCGCUUCUCGGCAGCACUGACCAACGCAUGACCAGAUGCUGCAGCGUCGGCAACGGCUUGAACGAGCACAACUCUCCUUUCCAUUCGCACCUAAGCGCGUUUGCCACCAACAAAGGCCUGUCCAGUACACUGAGCAGUAUAGAGGACUGUAAGGAACGCGUGAGCGCGACAUCGCAGCAUCAGGCCUGCGUGGACGUCAACAGUUGCCUGGCCGGUCUUACAAUAAACAGCGGGUCUUCAACUAACGAUGCUUCAUGUGCUUUUGGAAACCGCUCGAGUCACGUGGAUGAAAUGGUGUUUGUUUACUCAUCGGAGCACGAGUCCCAGGAGGGUAAAACGGAGGCCGGAAGGAGGAGGACGUGUGAACACAGCACCCAGACUGUGCUUACAGUGAACGCUAGUAACUGUAGCAGGAGGAAGGAUCGUCACAGGAGGAGUAACACAGACGUGCCGAGAGCGCAGAGGAAGAAAGUGGAUAUUAAGGACUCUCCUACGUGGGCCAGCAUGGAAAGCAUGUCAGCGCAGCUCUCCAGACUGAUCGACAGCACCUCGGACCUGCUGGGAGAUGUCCAGGAAAUGAGAACGGGCGAAGUCCACAGGUCCGGCUUGAGGAGGAGUGUCAACUUGUCAAAUCUCAGCAUCUCUCAUUGCAAAUCUAGUGACACUAGCACCAGGGGAGACGGCUCAACUCGAAGCGCAGUAGAUGCUGCGAUCCAGACAGAAAAACAGGUGUGGAAAGAAGCUGUGGUGCAUCCGACGCCCCACGGAAGCUCUCGUGAAGUUAAUGUGAUAGUUAAAGUGAUUGGUUCUGAAGGUGUCGCUGUGGCUCUAGGCCGCGAUGUGCACAGUUUGGUGACAGCACCAGAAAGCGCAGAUGAAAAGAUGGAGACCAUCCCCGACCUGAGAUUUAACAGCACCUCAAAAGCAGAAAGCAGCUCUGCAGCCGAACAUCAAAGGCACGGAAGAUCGCUUUCUUCCAGAGCCUCAAAGCAGCGCGAGCCUGAAGCGCUGCGACCCGCAAGCCUUGCUCUGCCUGAAAUCAAUCAAGGAGCCUCAAAACACCGCUGCCGAGGCGUUCGUAGCGCUCGUCAGGCAAAUGAUGCAACGUACACAGACCGCGCAUGCUCGCCCAUACUCACCGUGGGAGCCAGGUUGGGACAACAGUCGUCACGGUGUCCUUCAAAAAGUAGAAAUCAAGCUGAGGAUGGCUUCACUGAGGUGUCCAGCAAACAAACAGUGAGUCAAACGAGUCAUUCAAGCACAAGUAGAUCUGAUAAAUGCUCUGCAAAGCUCAUGUCAUCUCCAGGCAGUUAUGUGGAGGCUGUAAUGAGAAAUGCUCCCUAUAAAGAUGAGGACUAUCACCAGCACAGGGAUACUGCGCUCAAUCACAUCUGUCCCGUGUUAAGUCCACCUGCUUCGCACAAACAGGAGGCUAAAGCUAAACAUGGACGGCCCUCAGGCUACAAACGGCCUGCAGUCGAGUCUGUGGAUUUUUGUAUUGACUCCCACGUCUCGUCGCCAGUCAGAGACACCACUGCUGAGCUGCAGGAGGACGACAUGGUGUCACUGGCACCCAGCGAGUGCAACACGGACGUGCUUGUGAACAUGAAGCCCGUCGCCAGCGUUCCCCCGUGCCGGGGCCGCUCCACGGUCCCCGAGGAUCUGCCCAUGCACAACAAGUUCACCAACUGGUCUGGGAUCAGCCCUCAACGGCCGAAGGCCUGCGACAAAGCGGCCAGAAGCCACGACGGGUGGGAGGAGACGGACGCGGAGUCCGUGGCGCAGAGCCGCGCGAGGGCGAGGGAGAUCGAGAGGCUGCGAAAGGAGAGAGAGCGGGUGAUGGCGAAGGUCAACCUCAGCGUGAACCCGACGCCGCUGAGCGUGGAGCUGACGGAGGCCAAGCUGCAUUACAGGCUGGGAGAGACGGACGCGCUGUUGAAGAUGCUGUCACCAGGCUCCAGGGACGUGGAGGCAGAGAGCCCUGCUUCUAACAAACAGCAGGUCCAUGACCGCCACUACAGAAGUAUUGAGGAUUUGAGGAACGAGAGGGAGGAACGUAUCCAGACUUGUGGUCUGAAUCCCAGCAAACACCACUGCCCCUGUCGUCUCCACGCCGUCUGCUCGUCCGCGGCGUCUGAGCCCAGCCGGUGCGAAGAAUCCCUGCAACAGCUCCGCCAAGAGGUGACGGGCGGCACCAGAAUGCCGGAGCCCUGCGGAGAAGAGGGCCCGUAUCCGUCCGACAUAGAGCAGCUGCUGCGUGACUACAGCCGAGCGCGCGAGGAAGCCAGGACGGAGAUCGCCAAAGCGCGAGAACGACUGCGGGAGAGGACGGAGCAGGAGAGGAGGCGGCUUCAGCAGCAGAACCUUUCUCAGGAAGUGAAGGAUGACCUGAGGCAUCGAACGAGAAUUAGCAGCAGCACUUUGUGCACUGGAUCCAGCCUGAGUCUGUCCUCUGGACCCACAUCAGGCUACAAUAGUGGCAACACACUACAGCUCCAACACGGCAGCAAACUGGAUCUGACUUCACAGGCUUUAGGGUUCCAGGACUCUGGGCUGAAGGUCAAGACCCGUCCUCCUGUAUGUGAGACUCACAGUGUGCAGACACAGAGAGGCUCUCUGUCCACUCAGGACGUCCUCCUGGAGCCUUCUGUCACUAAGUUUGAGCCUCUGGUAACUUCCUCUCCAUCCCCUCACACUCGCCAGCGCCGACGCGCCGCCUCCUUUGGCUCCCCGUCGUCUAUAUCCACAACCUAUCAGGACAUCACGCGUGUUCUCCUCGGCAGAGCUGUGGCCGAGGUGCAUCUAGCUUCUUCCGGGGAUUUGAGCAAUCUAGUAGUGGCCGAAGCUGCAGCAGGAGGCUGGAGGCACCAAGGGGAGGAACGAGGGAUCCAGGCUUAUUACAGGCCUUCCUCCAGCCCGUCCGUCCAUAGUUUCCUGGCUGCUGGCGAGCUGGACAGACCUCAGCAGAACCUAUGGAACACAAUCUGCCAGCUGUCUAAGAGCCACGCGUAUCAUCCGUCAAUCCGCUCUGUCCGGACACGACCACUAGAUGACAGCACUCAGCUUGUCUACAUGCUAACAGAUGCGUCCGGCUGCCACCUCAGCCAGCCGCGGGAUUUCUGCUGCAUCAGCACCGAAUCCAAGCAGGGUGGCCUGUGUGUGCUGGCAAUGCAGUCGGUGUUCGAGGAGUCGAUGCCUCGUCCCAGCGGUGAUGCCGUUCGGGGGGAAAUGAUGCCAAGCUGCUGGGUCCUGCAGCCGGUGAAACGAGGCGGGCGAGAAGUCACCAGGGUCGUUUACCUGCUGCAGGUGGACCUGGGAUCUCCAAGCUUUCCUCAGCGGCUCCUGAACACCGUGGCCAGAAGACAAGCAGCUGUCAUCGCUGACCUUGACGUGUUCCUCACAUCAGCAGCGAGCACUUAGACUAAACUCCACCAGUCGUGGAGUUUCGUCUGCUUUUUCAGUUUGCACUCGAAGUUUAUCUACUUGACCUUUUUUUUUUCAGCACUGUGUGAUUUUUCAGUUACGUGUUUUCUACCGGCUUUUUGUAUGAAGGUAUUUUUUUAAUUAUUAAAUAUUGAAGCUGUAUUUUUAUAUUUGUACAUACACAUGAAUGCCUUUACAAUCAUAAUACUUACCAAAGAUCUAGUUUAGUUCCAAAACAAUGAUCUGGUGUAAUGCAGUUAAUGUAUUGUGUUAAGCUAGUUAUUUCAGGGACGCUUAAUCUAAAUGUUUAGUUCUAAACACCUGCCACCGAGCUCAUGGGAUCAUCUGAUGUUACGCUGAUGUAGUUGCAUGUGAGCAGGUGUGUUCAGCAGCGUCACAGACCUGGUGGCAUCACUUUGUACCACGUCAAGCAGUGACUUACCCGCUUUGUUGUAAUGUAUUAGAGUAGAAGUAGAGAGAAAUAUCCCAGAUGUUGUGAUGAAAGCUAAAAGGUUGAGACGCACAUCUACAUCAGGUGAGGUUUCCUUUUGAACCUGAGUUGUGCUGAUGUGUUGAUCCACAGUCAAACACAUGAAGGAAACAUUUAGACAGAUAUUACUUGAUUUUUUUCUACCAUUUUUUUCCGAGGGACUGCAAAUAUUAGACACUAAGUGACCUUAACUUUGUAGACACAUCAUCAGAGCAAAAGGGAAAGCUAAACAUACUUUGUAAAAGGGACUGCAUAAAGGUUAUUAGGUAGUCGGAGGUUCUACAUGAUAGAAUGUGUCGUGUUUUGAAUGACGGUACAGUAGGACAGGCGGCGCAGCCCAUAGUUAAAUACAUAUUUAAAAGCAUUGGUUUAAAAAAGUGUUCAGCGUUUAUCAACUCUGACAAGAUUCAGACUUCCUGUGAAAUACUGUUUGUGGCUCAGCCUGUCGCACCACAUUUACAGUUGCAUACAGACCUUAAGCUGCGUUUCGCUACAUAUUUCUAUUCUACACUACUGGAUCUGAUGCACUGCAAGUAUUAACCACUGCAGCGAAUAAAGUGAGUUUUGGCUUAUUUGAGUGAAAGGGGAACUAGACCUUUUUAACCAAAGCUUUCUGGUGAGCAAGGUGCCAAGCAGACCCUCCAGCUGCUUUGUAGCAGGCCCUGACCUUUGACCUUCACCUCCGUUCUGUUCUGAGCAGUACUUUCUGGUACCAAAUCUGCAUAAGCUGAGUUUUGAGGGCUUUUGUUUUUACCUCUCACUGUUGUAAUUAUUUGUUCUUCCUACAUUGUGUGUUGUUCAAUGUUUCAAAGCAUGUGUGGUGCUGCUUACAGCUGCUUGCACAAAACCUUUUACACAUUAAUAUUAAUUUUACAUCUUAAAGUGUGUGUUUUCUAUUUAGCAGAGUCAGCAGCUAAUUUAAAAGGCCGUUCACAGUCCAAACCAAAUCCGCUGAAUCUAUACGUGAAGCCAUAUUUUAGUUGGUUCAGCAAAAGAAAAGGGUGAAAAGUGUUUGAAAUAUAUCUAAAAUGCUUAUUCAGGUGCAAGAAACAAUAUUUAUAUCGUGACUGUGUUUUAAGUGUAUUUUAUUAUAAACAACCUGCUUCUUGUUGCUAAAAGAAGUAAAUGCUUUUGUGAACGGA